AUGGAGCAAGACAGUCAAAGGCAAGACAGACGCCGCGACAAGAUGAGAUCACUCCAGGAGGCGAUAAACUCACUCAACGGCUCAGACCCGGGUACUGAUUUCAACAAACUAUACAAGACGGGUGUAAGAGAGCUUCAGGAGCGUCUGAGGUCUUGGAAAGAGCGACAAGAGUCGGCGGGAGAGAGUAGCGGGCAGGUGGCCACUGAUGCAGGGAGCAAUAUGGGGAUGGAAUCCAAUGAAGAGGGCGUUGGAGCCUCGGAAAGGGGACAGAGUCCUGCCACUGAGGAUGGUUUCGAUUGGGAUGAUGAAUCCGUUUUGGAGGCAAUGCUGAAGGAGAUGAGGGCUGGGUUGUUCUUUGCUGAUUGGCCAGGAGGCAACGACUUUUCGGGAUGA